CUUUUGUAUUUGCAGAUCUUAAAUUUGUCUUUCAAUGACUUGGGAGGACCAGUUCCAAGAAAAGGUGUUUUCAUGAACCUUACCUGGCUUUCUCUUACAGGAAAUAAUAAGCUCUGUGGUAGUGACCCUGAGGCUGCAGGAAAGAUGAGAAUCCCCAUAUGUAUCACAAAAGUGAAGUCAAAUAGGCAUUUGAUACUCAAGAUUGUGAUUCCAGUUGCCAGCUUGACUCUGUUAAUGUGUGCAGCCUGCAUCACAUGGAUGCUGAUCUCCCAAAACAAGAAAAAGAGGAGAGGAACAACUUUUCCAUCUCCUUGUUUCAAGGCGUUGCUGCCAAAGAUAUCAUACUCUGACAUCCAGCAUGCUACAAAUGAUUUCUCCGCAGAAAAUUUGGUAGGAAAGGGAGGCUUUGGAUCUGUAUAUAAAGGAGUUUUCAGAACUGGUGAAAAUGGGGUCAACACCAUAUUUGCAGUGAAGGUUAUCGACUUACAACAAGGUGAAGCAUCUGAGAAUUUCAAUACAGAAUGUGAAGUGUUGAGGAACAUUCAGCAUCGAAACCUUGUGAAGGUUAUCACUUCAUGCUCAAGCAUUGACAAAAGGAGGGUUGAAUUCAAGGCCUUGGUUAUGGAGUUCAUGUCCAAUGGUAGCCUGGAGAAAUGGCUGUAUCCAGAAGAUACCAAUUCUAGGUUAGCGUUGACUCUGAUCCAGAGAUUAAAUAUUGCAAUAGAUGUAGCUUCAGCCUUGAAUUAUCUGCACCAUGACUGUGAUCCACCUGUUGUCCAUUGUGAUUUGAAACCUGCAAAUGUACUUUUAGAUGAUAAUAUGGGAGCCCAUGUGGGAGAUUUUGGACUGGCAAGGUUCCUUUGGAAGAAUCCAUCAGAGGAUGAAAGCAGCACAAUUGGACUAAAGGGCUCGAUUGGUUACAUUGCUCCAGAGUGUAGUUUAGGUAGCAGAAUUUCAACAAGUAGGGAUGUCUACAGCUUUGGAAUUUUGCUGCUUGAGAUAUUCACAGCAAAGAAACCCACUGAUGACAUGUUUCAGGAAGGUUUAAAUCAGAAUAAGUUGGCAUCUGCACUGCUCAUAAAUCAAUUUUUAGAUAUGGCUGACAAACGGCUUUUUAACGAUGAUGCUUGUAUAGACUAUAGCAUCUUCACUAGUUCUUCUGGUUGCAUUAACAGCAUCGGUACUAGCAGCAAUACUUUGUCCCAUUGGAAAAUCAAAACUGAAGAGUGUAUUACUGCCAUAAUACAUGUUGGUUUGUCGUGUGCUGCUCAUUCAACCACAGAUCGUUCAACCAUGAGAGAAGCAUUGACAAAGUUGCAUGAUAUUAAAGCUUUUCUACUGGAUUUAUGA